ACCGAUUAUUAAAAAAAAAAAUUAUAUGUAUAUACAAUUUUUCCAUCCAGAAAACGAAGAAAAAAAGAAAAGAAAGAAAAUAAAUAAGAAAAUUACGAUAGAUCGAUGAAUAGUAGGAGAUCAUAAUCUAAAUUUGUAUAAUGUAACAUAACGAUAAUAAUAUAAAACACUAAUAUAACAUAUGAUAAUGAUAUAUAAUUUCUUUCUUUUUUAAUCUAUUUCUUCUAUAUUAUCACCGAUUAUCUGUAAACAUUUCAUAAUAAACAAAAAUAAAAUGAAAGAAAAAAGAAAUUAUGUAAAUCAUUUGCGUAAAAGAUAAAAAGAAAAGAAAAUAAGUAAAAUUAUGAUCAUGGUCGAUGAAGAAAGGGAGCUGUAGAAAAUCACAGUAUUGGAAAAACGAAGAAACGGAGAGAAGUUACAAAAGAAGAAGAAGGAGAGGAGGAAGAAGAAGAAAAAGAAGAAAAGUAGAGAAUAUAGACAAGGAUUGCGCAUGCGCAGAAAAACGGCGCGACGGUACACUCCGUCUAGGUUUGACGCGAGCGAAUUUUCGUGAGCGUUUUCAGUCGCCGACGGAAAACAGCGCGUGUCGGCUGCGAUCGUCUUCGAUCUCGCGUUUUAGUGUCGUGUGUACGUGAAUAAUAUAAAUUCAAUCUUAUUUUACGAAUGAUCAAACAGAAGAACAUAAAAAAAGAAAAAAAAAAAACGUUUAAAUAUAUAGGUAUUCGGUAGAAAACAAGAUUGAGAUUUUGUUCGUUCGAGAUAAAGAAUAUCACAAGUGAUUAAUAAUAAGAUCGUUCGAACGUCGAUUUAAUCCUUUAAUUUAUUUUUUUCUUUUUUUCUUUGUCCUAAAAUAAUAUCUGAUUUUACAUCGUUCAAGAAAAGAAAGGACAAACAAACCAUAUUUCGUGCGUUCGAUAAAAACUGUGUAUAAACAUGAGGUGCAGUGACUAAUGAGAUCGUAGAUCGAUAUUGAAAUCUCUCUUGUUCAUAUAAAAUAAAAACAGAACAAAAAAAAUCACGAAUUCGUUACGUCAUUCAAAUAAAAAAAUAUAUAUAUACAUAUGUAUAACAAACAAAAUUUCGCGUGUGUUCGAUAAAACGUAUUACGAAACGAAGACAUUUGUUAACAAAAAAGAAAAAAGAAAAUCGUGUAUGUUAAAAUAGUGACGUCGGUUCGAUAAAAAUUCGUUCGUAGACUAGUCGAGAAAAAGAAAGAAACAGUUGUAAAACAAAUUUCUGUGAACGAAGGAAGAUAGUAAGUUUAAGAAAAUUCGUGCAAUAAAGAAGACAAUAAAGUAAAGAUUAUUAAAAAAGAAAGAAGAAAACUGUGCGUGAAAGAAGACAACGAAAUUGAGGAUUUUGAAGGUAGGAAAAGAAAAAAUAACGUAAUUCUUGAAGAAAAUUCGUGAGAAAAGAGGACAACAAAAUUGAGAAAAAAAUUUGUUCGUAAGAAAAAACGACAUCAACAACAACAACAACAUUUCAAGAAAAUUCGACGAUAAAAAUAAAACGGGAAGAAGCUUUAACAAAAAUUCGUGCGAAGAGUGGAGAAGCAACAAAUUUAAAGAAAAAGAGAACAAAAGAAAAGGAAAAUCAAAGAAAAUAAAAUAAAAUAAAAUCGAGAAAUUGGAACCUUAAAAAACGAGAUAAAAAAGAAAGAAAGAAAGAGAAGGAAAAAAGCUCGAUGAUAAUAACAGCCGAGAGAGAGAGAGAGAGAGAGAGAGAGAGAGAAAGAUAAACACACAGAUAGAUAGAUAAAGCAAGAAAAAGAGAGUUGAAAGAGAGAGAGAAAGAGAGAGAGAGAGAGAGAGAGAGAGAGAUAAAAAGAAAAAGGAUAGUGAUUAAAUAUAGCCUAAAGUAAAUGAUCGAUUGCGAAUAAAUUUAAUCGAGAUAUUAAAAGAGAAAUCUCCAACGAGUAAUAACAUCCAACGAUUGUAUCCGUCUGUGGGACGUAUUUAAGGAAGAAGAAAAAAAAUAAAAAAAUAAAAGAAUAAAAGAAUAAACGACAACAUCGAUAAAAAAAAAAAUCGAAGAAGGAUGGAAAGAAACGGUAGUUCGGAUUAUUGGCAAAACUUGAGCUCGUCUAACCUCAGUUAUUACACCGACGACACAAUAAUGUCGAAUUUGAGCGUACAAAUAAUAUUCUGUAUAUUUUACGGUAACAUAUUUAUAUUGGGUGUAUUCGGAAACGUAUUAGUAUGUUACGUAGUAUUACGUAAUCAACAGAUGCAAACCGUUACGAAUCUCUUUAUAACGAAUUUAGCGUUCAGCGAUUUACUUUUGUGCGUAUUGGCAGUACCAUUUACGCCGUUGUACACAUUUUUAGGUGGUUGGAUAUUCGGUAGGAUGUUGUGCCAUUUGGUACCGUACGCACAGGGUGUUAGCGUUUAUAUAAGUACAUGGACACUAACCAGUAUAGCGAUAGAUCGUUUCCUCGUAAUAUUAUAUCCGUUUCAUCCGCGUAUGAGAAUUGAAAUUUGUUGGACGAUAAUAUUCGGUAUAUGGAUAGUCGCGUUAAUGUUGACCCUACCAUAUGGAUUUUAUAUGCAAUUCGUUGAAACAUACACGUAUUGCGAGGAACACUGGCCAAGCGAACCAUUCCGGAAGGUUUUUAGUUCGUUCACAACGAUAUUGCAAUUUCUCGUACCGUGUUUCGUAAUAACACUGUGUUACAUAUGCGUUUGGAUUAAAUUGAAUGACAGGGCAAGGUCAAAGCCCGGUAGCAAAAGUAGCAAACGCGAGGAAACUGAUCGUGAAAGGAAAAAACGUACGAACAGGAUGUUGGUAGCUAUGGUAAUAAUAUUUGGAUUCUCAUGGUUACCAUUGAACAUCGUUAACAUCAUCAAUGACUUUUAUCCACCUGCCAACGAUUGGUCUUAUUACGGACUUUUCUUCUUCAUGACCCAUUGCCUCGCCAUGAGCAGCACCUGUUACAAUCCAUUUCUCUACGCCUGGCUCAACGAUAAUUUUCGCAAGGAAUUCAAACAGGUUCUACCCUGUUUCUCAAGGACGUCGACGAACAGUACACCGCGAUUAACGGAGGGUUGCAGAAGCGAGAAACUCUGCAAUGGAAAUAAUACUGUACAAGAAAGUCUAUUACCUAGUCAAGCCAUCAGGGUCCAGGUGACACAGGGUUGCGAAAUGAUAACCUUGAAUCCAACGACGACGAAUAAUACGAAGGAUCAGGAUCGUCGUUCGAGCACGUCCAAGGAUUUCGAAGAUGCCAUUCUCUAAAAGGAAUCAUAAGCUUCGUUCAACAGCUGUGCUUUUUGAAGUUUGACUUCUUCAACUGAAGAUCACAAUCGAAGAGUGUGGAGAUGACAAAAAACGAAAAAACGAAAAAGAAAAAGAAGUAGAAGAAGAAGAAGAGGCAAAAAGAAACAAAUCUCCCUAAGGCCUAGCGAUUACCUGGAAAAUAAUUACUGUAAUAAAUAAUCGUUUAAACUCCAUCGUAUUUAAGUCGUAAUUCUUGAAAAUCGUUGUCAAUAAUUAUUAUUCAAAUCUCGUGUCCGUCAUUUGUAAGAUAGAACUCGUGAAAUUUGAUCUUGAAAUAAGUAAAAGGUGGAGAAGGGAGAGGGCGCGUAUCAUCAAAUAAAAGUUCAUAACUAUAAUAAUAAUUUAAGAAACGUAAAAAAAAUUAAAGAGGGAAGAAAAGAAAAAAGAAAAAAGAAAAAAAAGAAAGAAAAAAAGAAACAAAAAUAAAAGAAAAAGAAGAAGAAGAAGAAGAAGAAAAGAAAAAAUACAAUUAUCAAAAAUUCAUCGAGUGUGUGCAGUAUUAACUCGUGUAAUUUUUUGUGUGUAUGUGUGUACGUAUGUAUCUGUAUAUGUAUGUAUUUGUAUAUGUGCGAAUACGUGUGAAUGCAUAAAUGUUCAAUAAUUAAACGGUCUCUCUCUCUCUCUCUCUCUCUCUCUCUCUCUCUCUCUCUCUCUCUCUCUCUCUCUCUCUCUCUCUUAAAUCUUUCAACGAUGUAUUCGUUUAAAAAUUAAAAAAAGAAAAAAUAAAUAAAUAAAUAAACAAAUAAAUUAUUAAACAGUACCGCAUUAAACUGCUUCACGAAUUUCGAUACGGGAUUUGUGACUUGAAUAAAACGUACCCUCUCCCUCGUAAAUAAAAUUGUAUAUUUUAUCGACUAAACGAUCUUAUAUUUAAAUAAGCCCCAAGGGAUUAAUGGUACAUUAUGUAUAUAGGGUGGCUUAUGAAGAAUUCCCUCUUAAAAAGAAAAAAAAAAGAAAAGAAAGA